AUGCCCAAGCGUCCGUCGCCAGCAAUACUAACGCAACGCAGAUACCGCUUCGAAAUUCCUCACAAGUUUGGCCUCCCCGUGGGACAGCACGUCUCUAUGCGCGCGAUGAUUCGGGGCAAAUACGUCAUGCGCUCUUACACGCCCAUAUCGGACAAUGACGCGACUGGCUAUGUCGAUUUCUUGGUGAAGACGUAUGAAGCUGGAAAUCUAUCGCGUGUGUUUAAUAACUUGAAGAUCGGCGACACUAUGCAGAUGAAGGGGCCAAAGGGUCGAUUCAAGUACCUUCCCAACAUGACGGAGCGGAUCGGCAUGGUCGCGGGUGGUACGGGUAUUACUCCGUGUCUGCAGAUUCUUCGGUCUGCGUUGGCCGACCCAACUGAUAAAACGGAAUUUAAGCUUAUUUAUGCUAAUGUAUCUGAAGACGAGAUUCUCAUGCGUAAAGAACUCGAGUCGCUUCAGCGCAAGAACCCACUACGCUUUUCCGUGUAUUACUUCUUGAAUGUGGCCCCGCCCAACUGGCAAGGCGGCGUUGGCUUUGUGACGAAAGAAGCGAUGGCCGAUUUUCUCCCUGCAGCCUCGUCUGACUGUCGGAUUCUCAUGUGCGGUCCACCGCCCAUGAUGAACGUGAUGAAAAAGCAUCUCGUUGAGCUGAACUACCCAGCUACGGGUGACAUUAGCCAUGGUGACGACAAGGUGUUUGUAUUUUAA